AUGGAGUCGGUCACUGCCAGAAGUACUGCAAUUGGUUGGCGAGGGGAUCCAGUGCCAACUCAGACUGCAAUUGUCCACUUCAGGUUAAGGGAUGAGGUGUUUCAGGAGAGGCACGAUCUCGGUGGAACACACGGGGGGAUCAACCAUGAAUCCCGGUCCCUCUCUGGAACCAAGGAACCGUGGGGACGGAGACAACAGGAUAUCAUGGAACUAGAGUUGGGCAGUUAA